AUGGAGAAAAGCGCGGCUGCAAGACAUAAAAAGGUUAGAAAUAAUAUACCUAGUGAUCUUGCUUUGUCUAUUCUAUCAAAUCUAUCUGUGAAAUCUUUGAAGCGCUUUGAGUGUGUAUGCAAAUCAUGGAACCUAUUGUUCAAAAACCCUUAUUUCAUAAGUUUGUUUCAUAAAAUUUUCUUGUCUAAUAAUCAAUUUUACUAUGAUGAUAAAUCUCUUCUAAUACAUCAAACUGUCGAUGAUGAAAAAUUUAUAUUGCAUUCUUUUUCUGGUGAGAAAUUUGAGAAAAUGAACAAACUAAAUUGGCCAAAUCCAUUUAAAGAGGACGACCCUGGAUUUGAAAUUUGUGGAUCUAGUAGUAUUAAUGGGAUUUUUUGCUUAAUUUGCUACUCCCAACCCAAUAUAAGUGUUGUAUUAUGGAAUCCAGCUACAGGAGAAUUCAAAAUUGUUCCUGCCAGCCCUAUUGAGUUUGUACCAUAUAUGAAUAUAGAUAUUAUUGGGCACGGUUUUGGUUAUGAUUCCAUUGGAGAUGAUUAUAAGGUGGUUCGAAGGGUAUUGUGCUCUCCAAAAAGAGGAAAGUAUAUAAUGACAUCAGAAGAUAUAUCUGACGAUCCAUUUUGGGAGAUAUAUAACCUAAAAAGUAACUCAUGGAAGAAAAUUAAAUUUGAUUACCCUGUAAAUUAUGAAAAAGAUGGAAUUUUCUUAGAUGGAUUGUUUCACUGGUGGGGGAAGAACAUAUUUUUUAAUAUCAAUGAUGAUGAAGAAGAUGAAGAAGAAUAUCUCUUGUCGUUUAAACUAAACACUGAGGUAUUCACUAUGACACCACUGCCUUUAGAAGAUAAUAACUUUGAUUUUGAAUAUGUGUGGCGAGGCUUGAUGGUGUUAAAUAGAUCUGUUGCUUUGAUUUCAAAUUAUUCAAAUGUGGGAACUUACCCAAGUAAUGAUAAUUUUUAUAUAUCUAUUUUGGGUGAACUUGGUGUGAAAAAAUCAUGGUUUAAACUCUUUACUAUUCAACCUUUACCUUGCAUUGAGUUUCCUAUUGGAGUAGGAAAGAAAGGAGAUAUAUUCUUUACAAAAGAAGAUGGAAAAUUAGUCUAUUUUGAUUUAAGAACAAAGAUGAUUGAGGAGCUGGGUUUUGUUGGAGAUACAUUUAGGGGCAAAACUAUAUUUUAUAAAGAAAAUCUUCUUCCAAUUGGAGAAGCAAAUAAGUAA